AUGUCGCAUUACCCUCCUCCGCCAGGCACAAGGCCAGGCGGGGCGCAUUAUGGCCUCCCGCCGCCGCCGCCGCCACCUGCCCAAGCAUUCCAAGGCUCCAAUGGAGAUCGAGAUUCCCGCGGUGGUGAUGCAUUCCGCCCUCCCCAGAGCGAUUUCACCUUUCGCAGUGACAAACCUUCAGGCGUUGGUGAUUCCUACCGCCCUGCAGGCCCAGAUGGUCCUCGUGGGGCUCCUCGCGGUCCUGCUCGAGGUCCCUACAACAACGAUCGUCGACCAGGAGCUAGAAGCUUCAGGGGCCGUGGCGGUGGCUACCAAGAGCCACGACGUCCCUGGAAGCCUUUCAGGCCUGCUGAGCGCGCAAUCUUGCAAGACAAUAACAAUGCCCAGCCCGCUGAGGACUUUGCUGAUGCAGAGAACGGUGUCCAAUACAGGUCCAUCGACCAGCUCUCGGACAGUGAUGAGACUGAUAUGGACAUCUCGGACUCUGAUAAUGAGACUGGUGGCCCGAGUGCCAAACGGACCCGCACCACCAUAGGUCGGUCGGGUGAUGGCGACGACGUUCCAAAGUGGAGCAACCCUGAUCCAUAUACUGCACUGCCUCCUGUCGACGAGUCAGAAAAGAAGCGAAAGGAUAUGGUGCAGUUGAUCCGCAAGGCUCGUGUCGACGCAACUGCGAAUGCUCGGACCUCGCUUCCUGCUCCUGCUGACGAUGAGGACUUCAUACGGUGCGAGUCCGACAGUGGCGACGAGGACAAGAAUGAGGCGGACGAUGUCUCCAAGUCUUCUCUGCCUCCCCGGCCCGAGUUUGCUGCCGCGUCCCACGCAAGCCAAGUGGCACCCCAGGCAACCCAGCCUCCGCUUAAUGCCAAUGGCAGGCAACGGGCGGUCAAUGCUGGGGAUCUACAAAGCUCGUCGGGCUUGGCCUCGCGCAAGCGCUUUCAUGACGACGUUCUCAAGCUUCCGGAUCAUGCUAGGCUGAAGCCUGCGCCGAGACAACCUAGUGGCGGUACCAUGGUCAAGGAAUGGCGACCGAAGUCGGGCGAGCAUUCUUGUCCUUGGGUACAACCCCCAAGCUCCAAGGUCCCUGUCAAUGUCAGAUUCCACAUGGAGGUUCGAGAUUUCUAUGAGCAUGUCAAGCCAUGCAGUUUCGAGGAGCGCCUUCGCAGUAGGCUUGUGGAUGACCUGAACCGAUAUCUGAGUGCCUUCAACGAGUGGAAAGGCUGGCAGAUGUAUCCUUUCGGGUCCUUCAUGUCUGGCCUCUAUCUACCCACUGGAGAUAUGGACCUUGCCUUCUGCUCGCGUGUUUUCGUCAAUGGAGGUCCUCCAAGGGUGCCAACCGAGACCCAAUUGAGAGCCUUGACCAGGGUUUUCCGGAAGAGUCCCUUGGCGGUCAACAAGCAUAUCGAACCGGUUCUCAAGGCGAGGGUUCCUCUGAUCAAAUACGUCGACAACACGACCGGUCUCAAGAUCGACAUCUCUUUUGAGAACAACAGUGGUCUCAUCGCCAUCGACACGUUCAAAGCGUGGAGAGAGCAGUGGCCGGCUAUGCCGAUCCUUGUCACGGUGAUCAAGCAAUACCUCCUCAUGCGUGGCCUCAAUGAGCCAGUGAAUGGUGGUGUCGGUGGCUUCUCGGUCAUAUGCAUGGUUGUCAGCAUGCUUCAAAUGAUGCCUGUGGUACAGAGUGGCGACAUGAUACCGCAGCACGAUCUGGGCGCUCUGCUCAUGCAUUUCUUUGAUCUGUACGGCCAUAGAUUCAACUACGAAACCACAGCGCUGCGCUUGAACCCACCAGGUUACGUCAACAAGAAUCGAGUCCAAGAACUCACAUACAGGAAUCCCAAGCGCCUUUCAAUCAUCGAUCCCAACAACCCAGCGAACGACAUCGCAGGCGGUUCAGCCAACUAUGCGCAGAUUGUACAGUGCUUCCGCGAGGCUCACCGACUUCUACAAGAGCGAAUGGUGCGCGUUGCGGCAGGCGAACACCACGAUAGCAUUCUGAGCGUCAUUCUGGGAGGCAACUAUUCCACAUUCCGAGAGCAGAGACAGCACCUGCGCAAACUUCAUAUGAAGGUCUUUGGCUUCGCCGACGAGUGAUAACUUUUUUCCAACACAGCGCAUAGCUCCAACCAAUUGUUUUCACGGUCAUGAAGGUUCUUUCGAGGGGGUGGUCGGGGGCGUUAUGAGCAUGGGGCUGGCCCAAAUAUCCCUUGGGACAGCCUCAUAUGGAACAAUCUUAACCAUAUGGGCGAUUCGAUCUCGGCGUUCAAUAUCUCGGCGGUGGUCUCCUGCUUCGAGAUACCCGGCAACAGCUCAUCUGUUCUGCCAAGUUUAUGCGUUUUUGUUUGGUCCCCUGCAAUGUUUUACCCCAAAAGCAUUUUCUGCGAAUUUGAGCUUAACUCUGGCAGAUUACUGUACGAUAGCAGUCAUGGCUGAUCAUGCCGACGACGUACCUCGUUACGUCAGGGCUUGGUUCCAUGCCUUUCCCGUGGCUCUUGACCGGGUUUCUACAAAAUCCCACGGGCUGUGUUUAGGGCAACACCACUUGUGUUUUUCCUUUCACUCUCUUCAAUCCCAGUGGGCGUCAUCGCGCCUCAAUGCAGACAGACAUCGCAUCCAACGUUUCACAGCG